CCACCUUCUGCUUUAAAAAUCUGUUUAUAUGAACAAUCUGCACUCCACUUCAGACUGCUUUGAUAGAGAGGACAUCUGUGCAUUUUGAAUCACACAGGGUUAAAACAUGCCUUCACUGGGACUGGAGAUACUUGGAGUGAUUCUGGCUAUCCUCGGAUGGAUCUCAGCCAUUGCAUCUUGCAUCUUGCCCAUGUGGAAGGUGUCAGCUUUCAUCGGGACAAACAUAGUCACGGCUCAGAUCACAUGGGAGGGCAUCUGGAUGAGUUGCGUGGUCCAGAGCACAGGUCAGAUGCAAUGUAAACUCUACGACUCCAUGUUGGCCCUAAGUGGCGAUCUUCAGGCCGCCCGUGCCCUCACUAUUAUCUCCAUCGUUGUGGGCUUUGUGGGACUCCUGGUUGCCAUGAUGGGGGCAAAAUGCACCAACUGUGUGGAGGAAGGGGCAGCGAAAGCUCGGGUGAUGAUAGCUGCCGGGGUGACCUUCAUCACGUCUUCUGUGACCCAGCUGAUCCCUGUGUCAUGGUCAGCCCAUACCAUCAUUUCGCAGUUCUAUAAUCCAAUUAUAAUGGAUUCAAUGAAGGGAGAUAUAGGGCUGGAGUUGAUAGGCAUCGCCCUGUGCAUUUUGGGAUGGAUUAUUUCCAUUGUGGCAUGCGCCCUCCCCAUGUGGAGGGUGACGGCCUUCAUCGGCAGCAACAUCGUGACGGCUCAGAUCAUCUGGGAAGGCCUGUGGAUGACCUGCGUAGUCCAGAGCACAGGCCAGAUGCAGUGUAAGGUCUACGACUCCAUGCUCGCCCUCUCCCAGGACCUCCAAGCUGCCCGUGCCCUCACCGUCAUCUCCAUCCUGUUAGCCCUCCUGGCUGUGCUCAUCGCCAUCGCUGGAGCAAAGUGCACCAACUGCAUUGAGGAUGAGGCGUCAAAGGCCAAGGUGAUGAUCAUCUCGGGGGUCUUCUUCAUUGUAUCAGGGGUCAUGCAGCUCAUUCCUGUGUCCUGGUCGGCCAACACCAUAAUCAGGGACUUCUACAACCCUUUACUUCCUGAUGCCCAAAGGAGAGAGCUGGGGUCUGCGCUGUACAUCGGCUUUGCGGCCGCUGCCCUCCUGGUUCUUGGUGGUGGACUCCUUUGCUGCUCCUGUCCACCACGUGAAACCAGAUACAACCCUUCACGAAUGGUAUACUCUGCCCCGCGGUCUGCAGGUGGUCCAGGGUUAGAACGGAAAGACUAUGUAUGAAUGAAAUUCAAUAAAAGAAAAGACUAUUAAAUCUCAAACUUGCUCUGCGCACCAAAUGGAGGGUGUACUGAGGAAAAGAGUUGAAGAAAACAAGGAGACUCCGCAAUGAAGGAUGUGUUUAAUUUUGCCUGUCAUGUCUUUUUCCUCAGAGAUAGAAAAGGUCUCAUGCAAAGGUCAUUUGAGUGGAAAUUUCCUUUAAUCAUGUUCAGAACAAAAAGCAUAGAAUUUAUGGCGUUAGAACUCUGUUUUUACUGAUAAAUAUUAUUGAAAUUAUACAAUCAUAUACUUUUUAUACAGUCUUGGAUUUUUAAUGUUUACUACUGAAUAUUUUUUUUAUGAAAAUACGCCAUGACAGCUUCAUGUGUCAUCUCCAUAAUAGGGCACAACAGGGUUAUCAACAGGAUUAUGUUUGUAAAUAUUGUAUUAUGAGUAUCUGUAACAGUCAAAACAGACGAUAAGCUCAUAGUGCAGGGUAGUAGUGGAGUGGAGUGGAGUUGGGCUGGUGGGAGGGAUGAUAAAGGACUUUGAGUGCUCCACAGUGUGCACUCAGCACCUGGUUUUGGACAGCAGUAAUUAUCUAUACAACAUUGCUGUGCAUA